GUUGUGAUUCAUUUUUUUUGACAGUUAAUUUAUUAUUAUUUUAUUUUCUCCACGAAUGUAUCGCUAAAUUCUCAAUUUAUUCAGUAUUUUCUCAUUAAAAAAAAGUAUUUUGACCUCUAAUUAAGCUAAAUUUACAUUUAAAAGUAUUUUUCUUUUAAAUUUCAAUUAAAUGGCCGUGAAAAGUGUUUGAAAAAGGGGAAAAAUUUUGCUUCGUUACGCCCCGGCAGCCGAAAUUAAAAAUAGAUUUUCCCGAGGAUUUUCCUUCCCGAAAACACCGAAUAAUCCAGAAUUUUCUAUUCUUCGUCGUUAGUGCAGUAUUUAGCGAGAAAGUGUGCCGAUUUUCCUGCAGUCUUUAACAAUUUUCUCAACGAAAAACGUGUGAAAGUUUGGUUAGAAAAAAAUGGAAUUAAUUGAUGAAGCUCUCAGUUGCAAGGAGAAGGGGAAUGAGGCAUUCAAAGCUGGUGAUUGGGAGACAGCUAUCUCGGAGUACACGCAGGCCAUCAAGAUUGGCGGGGAGAAUCACAAGGAUUUGUCGGUUUUCUACAAAAAUCGCGCUGCCUGCUUCCUGAAGACGUCGCACUUUGAGAGUGCUGAUAAGGAUUGCAAGGAAGCCCUGAAGAUCACACCGAGUGAUCCAAAGGCACUAUUUCGCAGGGCACAAGCUCUUGAGGGGCUGGAGAAGUUCGAGGAGGCGUACAAAUGUGCACGAGAUGCAUGGAAUGCUGACCCAAAUAACAAAGCACUUCAGCAGCUCCUGGAGCGCCUCCAUGGGAUUGUUCAGGACCGGGUAACACAGCACAAUCUGACCUCCAACAAGGUGACUCAGAUGGUGCAGCUGGCAUUUGAUUUCACCCAACCCACGGACAAGAGGAUCACGGCAAUGAAUAACAUCCACGUUUUGGCCAGGGAGCCAGUGGCUGCGGAUAUUCUCUUCAAAGAUGGCAUUUAUGGGAGGAUUCAGCGACUGUUGAAGGUCGAGAAGAACACGGAGAUCAUCCUGAGUGGCAUCAGAACAAUCGGGGAGAUUUGCAAUAAAUCCGUCGAGAGAACUCAGGGUGUUCUCAAGGAAGUUGGUAUUCCAUGGUUCCUGGAGAUUCUCGACAGUCCCCUGGAGGAACGUGUCAAUGCUGCCCAGCACUGUAUGCAAACAAUCCUCAAUACCUUCUCGGGCAUGGAGAAUAAACUCGACAGCAAGCCCAUUAAGGCGCUCUGUGAUGAGCAUCAGAAGGAGAUUGAUACCCUCCUGUCGUGCCUUCUGUACUCCGUCACAAAUCCCACCAUUACUGGUCUCGCCAGGGAUGCCAUCGUGCAACUCAUUACACGCAACAUCCACCACACAGCACUCUCAUGGGCAGAAAGGUUGGUGGAGCUGAAGGGACUCUGGCGCCUCAUGGACAUCUGCAGUGAGCUGGAAGAGUACAAAUACGAGAGCGCCAUGAACAUCACACCAUCAUCCCGGACGAUUGCUGCCGUGUGCCUGGCCAGGGUCUACGAAAACAUGUACUACGAUGCAGCCAGGGAGAAGUUCCUCGCUCAGAUUGAUGAGUACGUAAAGGACAAACUCUUAGCUCCGGAUUUGGAGUCAAAAGUUCGUGUAACAGUGGCUAUAACAUCCCUGCUCCUUGGACCACUCGACGUGGGCAAUACAAUCGUCUCCCGUGAGGGUAUCCUGCAGAUGAUUCUCGCAAUGGCAUCAAUGGAGGAGGAUCCGCUGCAGCAGAAAGUUGCCUGUGAAUGCCUCGUAGCGGCUGCAUCGAAGAAGGAUAAAGCAAAAUCAAUCAUAAAUCAAGGCAUAGAUAUCCUCAAGAAGCUCUAUGCGUCCAAGAAUGAAGCAAUUAAAGUUCGUGCCCUUGUGGGGCUAUGCAAAUUGGGCAGUUCGGGUGGUUUGGAUGCCUCCAUUCGACCCUUUGCCGAUGGAUCAACGAAGAAACUCGCCGAGGCGUGUAGGAGAUUCCUCAUAAAGCCCGGAAAGGAUAAGGAUAUACGGAAAUGGGCUGCUGAGGGUCUCUCCUACCUCACACUGGAUGCAGAAGUGAAGGAGAAACUCAUUGAAGAUCGUCCGGCAAUUCAGGCACUCAUCGAGCUGACAAAGGGUGAAGAUCAGAGCGUUCUGUAUGGCGUUGUGACGACUUUUGUUAAUCUCUGCAAUGCCUACGAGACUCAGGAGAUCCUUCCGGAAAUGCUGGAAUUGGCAAAGUUUGCAAAGCAUCACAUACCGGAGGAGCACGAGCUGGAUGAUCCGGAUUUUGUGAGCAAACGUGUAAUUAUCCUGGCCAAUGAGGGAAUCACAACAGCCCUCGUGGCUCUCUCCAAGACAGACAGCGACAACUCCAAGGAACUAAUUGCGAGAGUUUUCAACGCAAUGUGUGGGCAGCAGGAAGUCCGGGGGAAGGUGGUGCAGCACGGUGGGGCCAAAGUUCUUCUCCCACUUGCUCUCCAGGGAACAGCAAAGGGUAAACGUCAGGCUGCUCAGGCUCUCUCACGCAUUGGGAUCACGAUAAAUCCCGAAGUAGCUUUUCCGGGGCAGAGAUCACUGGAAGUGGUGCGUCCGUUGCUCAAUCAACUCCACCCUGAUUGCACGGCGCUGGAGAAUUUCGAAGCAAUGAUGGCUCUCUGCAAUCUUGCUUCGCAGAGUGAGACAGUACGCCAGAGGAUUAUCCGCGAAAUGGGCUUGUCGCGCAUUGAGAUGUACCUCAUGGAGGAUCAUUUGAUGCUUCGUCGAGCAGCAGCACAGUGCAUCUGCAAUCUGGUCAUGUCACCGGAUGUGGUGAAGAUGCACGAGGGGAACAAUGACAAAAUUAAAUUCUUAGCUUUGCUGAGUGAGGAUGAAGAUGAGGAAACAGCCGUUGCAGCUUCCGGGGCACUUGCAAUUCUCACAUCUUCCAGCACCAAGUGCUGUGAGAAGAUCUUCGAUACGCAAUCCUGGCUCGAUGUCCUGCAUACGUGGGUGGCUAAUCCCAGUCCGAAGGUUCAGCAUCGUGGAGUUGUGUGUAUACACAAUAUGAUCAAUUCCGGCAAGGAAAUUGCCCAGAAGCUCUUCGACACGGACAUUAUGGAGCUCCUCAUGGGUCUGUCGCAGCUUCCGGACGAUACUCGGGCAAAGGCACGGGAGGUGGCACAGGAAUGCCUCAAAGCUGCUGAAAAGUACAAACUCAUUGAGAAAUCAGAUGAACCUCCACGACCUCCCCCAAUUCCGGAUGUCUUCAAGGAGGAGGAAGAACGUCAGCGACAGGAGAGACUUCUGGAGGAAAGUUAGAUUACCACCCUCGCGGCCUUUAAAACAAUUUUGCGUGGCAAAAAUCUUAAAUUUUUAAUUAUUGUUUUUAAUAAAGUAUUUAUGAUUCAA